AUGGACCUACUACAGCUUUUCAAGGAGUAAUACAUUAGAGACAACACUACAAGUCCAAGGAUGAUUUUAGACGUUUGCAAUUCGUGCCAACAUUGUUGCAUAAAUGGAUAAUGCUUACCCGAGCAUGAAUGUCAAGUGAAAUACACUAUACUAAUAGCUGUUUGUGUAGUCAUAGCCUCUCUUUUAUUGUUUUAUUUCUACAGAAGACGUAAUUAACAGAUGAUGGAGAUGAACGGUAAUAAAAGUAUUGAUGAAGAGUAAUAUAAUGAGGAGUACAAGAUCAUUGUAAAUGAAUAUGAAAGUUUGCCGAACGAAUUCGGUAUAGUAAAAAACAAAAAAUCCAUCAAAAAGUAAAAUAGUUUUAACCAUUAGUUGGACUUUACAGAUGGAGAAUCUAAUAUGAGUCAGAAGUUAAGCAAUAAGAAGAAAAUGAGGCAAAGGAAAAGUAAUAAGAAGCUCUCUAUAGAUAUGGGUCUUGGAGCAAAUAGUAUAAAAGAAAAUUUGUUAAACAAACCUACUAACUUUAUGGAAUGA